UGAAAGAACCCAGCCGGCGUCUCUCGCAAUGGAGGCAGUCUCUUUUUCAGAGAGCUACCCAGCUGUGGAAAAUGAGCAUCUUCAAGAGACUCCGGAAUCCAACAAUAGCGUGUAUACUUCCUUCAUGAGGUCUCAUCGCUGCUAUGACCUGAUUCCCACAAGCUCAAAACUGGUUGUAUUUGAUACUUCCCUUCAGGUGAAGAAAGCUUUCUUUGCUUUGGUGACUAAUGGUGUCCGGGCUGCCCCUUUGUGGGAUAGUAAGAAGCAGAGUUUUGUGGGCAUGCUGACCAUCACUGAUUUCAUCAAUAUCCUGCACCGCUACUAUAAAUCAGCCUUGGUGCAGAUCUAUGAGCUGGAAGAACACAAGAUAGAAACUUGGAGAGAGGUGUACCUACAGGACUCCUUUAAACCACUUGUCUGCAUUUCUCCUAAUGCCAGCUUGUUUGAUGCUGUCUCUUCAUUAAUUCGAAACAAGAUCCACAGGCUGCCAGUUACUGACCCGGAAUCAGGCAACACCUUGUACAUCCUCACCCACAAGCGCAUCCUCAAGUUCCUCAAGUUAUUUAACCUGGCAGCAGAAAAGACCUACAACAACCUAGAUGUGUCGGUGACCAAAGCCCUGCAACAUCGAUCACAUUACUUUGAGGGUGUUCUCAAGUGCUACCUGCAUGAGACUCUGGAAACCAUCAUCAACAGGCUGGUAGAAGCAGAGGUUCACCGACUUGUAGUGGUGGAUGAGAAUGAUGUGGUCAAGGGGAUUGUAUCCCUGUCUGACAUCUUGCAGGCGCUGGUGCUCACAGGCGGAGAGAAGCCCUGAGCCGGGGGAAGGGGUGGUGCAGCACCAGGGCAUAUGCCCUACUCACUGCCUGCCCAAAGCUCUGGGAACCACAGAUGAGACCCUUAGAGAAUUGUGACUCUGUUCCCUGCCCAGGAGCCCCCUACCCUUCUACAUGGGAGGAGGGAUCGUGUAGGGGAGGAAGGAAAAUGGAUUUUUAGCUCUCCUUAUCCUCACCCUUGAGGAAAACUUUCAGCCUAGCCCAUCCUAGCCCCUUUCCUUUUAGACAUAGCCCCUUUUCUGGGUGACCUAUGGACUCUGUGAUCCUCAGGCAAAUCCUGAUCUCUAAGAGAUCCUCAGACCUCACCCAGCCUUUGCCUCUGUCCCUGACUCCACCCUAAGAUAAUAGGCACAACAGAACUCUGCAUAAAGAUGUUUUUAUUCAUCAUGUUUCAUGCUGUAUGGAGGAGGCUGAGUCCAUGUAGUGGCAUUUCUUCCUCUAAUGGGAGUGAGGAGGAUCAUGGGGAGGAGGGCCCUUGGCUUCCUGUGCUGUAUGCACAUGAAAGGAGAUGAGAGUUGCAGGGAGGGGGAGGGCAGAGUGGUUAGCUGAGGUUAUUGCUUUUCCUGGCAAACCUAAUUAAAAUGACAGGAGCCUCUUAAAAAAAAAA